AUGACCAGGUGGGCUCUGCUGGUGCCGAUGGUUCUGACAUUGGGCAGGGCCCUGCUUGUCCCUGCAACCCCUCUCCCAGCCUCCCAGGUCCUCCCUCAGAACCCUCCCCAGGCCAUUGCCUGCCCCGUGGCCUCGGACAGCACCUCAGCCAGCACCACAGGCCCCUCCACUGCUUGGGGCCACCCCAGCCCCGGCCCCCGCCCGGGCCCCCGCAUCACCCUCUCGCUGGAUGUCCCCAUUGGCCUCCUGCACAUCUUACUGGAGCAGGCCCGGGCCAGAGCUGCGAGGGAGCAGGCCGCCACCAACGCUCGCAUCCUGGCCCACGUUGGCCGCCGCUGA